AGUGGAUGAUCCAGAAACCCCACAAGGUGGCUACCUUCUUUGGGUGCAUCGGCACCGACCACUUUGGGGAGAUCCUGAAGAAGAAGGCUGAAGAAGCUCAUGUUGACGCACAUUACUAUGAACAAAACGAGGAGCCGACUGGUACCUGUGCAGCCUGUAUCACCGGGGACAAUAGGUCCCUUGUUGCUAACCUGGCAGCGGCAAACUGCUACAAAAAGGAAAAACACCUGGACUUGGACAGCAACUGGGAGCUGGUGAAGAAAGCCAAGGUCUAUUAUAUUGCGGGUUUUUUCCUGACUGUGUCCCCGGAGUCAAUCCUGAAGGUGGCGAAGCACGCUUCAGAUAACAACAAAAUCUUCUGCAUGAACCUCUCAGCACCUUUCAUCAGCCAGUUCUUUAAAGAGCCCUUGAUGAAGGUCAUGCCAUACGUCGACAUCUUGUUUGGCAACGAGACGGAGGCGGCCACAUUUGCCAAAGUGCUGGGCUUUGAGACAGAUGACAUUGCGGAGAUUGCAAAAAAGAGCCAAAACCUCCCCAAGGAGAACACGAAGAGGCAGCGAGUGGUGGUCUUCACCCAGGGCAAGGACGACACCGUUGCGACUGUUGGUGAGAGGGUGACCAUGUUCCCUGUUUUGGACAUCGACCAGAACGAUAUUGUGGACACUAACGGAGCGGGAGACGCCUUUGUGGGAGGAUUCCUCUCGGCAUUGGUCCAAGAGCAUGUGUUGGAGGAGUGUAUCCGAGCUGGACACUACGCCGCCAAUGUCAUCAUCAGACGGGUUGGAUGCACCUUCCCAGAGAAGCCAAACUUUCACUGACGCAUCCAUGCGCUGCGCAUUUGUCUUCUCCACAAGAUACUUGUAUAUGUAUGCUUUAGGAUAUUAUGUACAUUUUUUUUCUAUAUACAGUAACUGCCUGCAAGUGCUGCAGCUUGAAUAUUUUAUCAAGCUCGAAUAAGCAACUCAGACAUUUUAAUACAACAAUGUACUAGUAUCAAAUAUUUGAAUGAUAUGGUUAUGUUUAAAGGAGUAUUCCACUGAAAAUCUGUCUUUUGAGUAUCAUAAACGCCUGUAGGCAUGAAAAGUGUGUGUAUGUGUGGGGGGGGUUCAUUGUAUCACCAUAUGUGUAAAAACGUCACCACUGAUCCAUAUGUUCUAUAUGUUUCCAACACUCAGGAUCUCCACAACAGACCUAAACACUCCAGUUCUGUGUCCCAGUAUCACCACCUCAUAGCUUUGCUGGAAGUGUUGUAUUCAGUGAUUUAUUUUCCAAGCAAAAUGAAACAGUGGUGGAGAGGUGCAUUAUACUGCAUGAUAGGUUUGAAAGGUUUCUAUGGAUGUGUGGCUCUGAAAAGUUUAUUAUUUGCUCCUUCAUGAAGGACAGCAGCUUGUAGUCAGUUUUGAGUUACAGACGUUAUAGUUGGCUGUAAUGGUGACCCAGUCAUGGCCCAAAAACACUUCAUAACAUCCAUAGAAACUUCUCAAAGCAUACCUGCUGCAUCAUAAUCCACUUCUCCCCUGUUGUUUGGCAUGCUGAGUAUUUUCAGAUUUCACUUAGCCAAUAAAUGGCUAAAUACACUAUUCUCUAUUGGAGCUUCUGGGCGAUGUGCUGGCAGUAGUGUGACACAGAAGUGGUGUAUUUUGUAGUGUAAACUAUGGGUGCCAUUUUUCAUGCAAGUUACAAAUAUUUCACAGCCUUCUUUCAAGCCUGCAGGGGGUGAGUGUUGUGAUACUAUAUACUAUUAAGUAUAGUACAAUUUCAGCUGAGUAUUCCUUUAAUAUUCAGCUGUCAUGCUGCAGUAUUUAUGGAUGGGGCGCCAUUAAGAGUGGCCUCCCGUUUCCAAAAGUGACAGUUUUAACGGGACGAAGCUGGAAAGAAUGUUUUUUGUUAUUACACAAAUAAAACAAUAUAAAAGUCA